CAACGUGGGACUCGAUCCCAGGACCCCGGGGUGAUGCCCUGGGCCAAAGGCAGGCGCUAAACCGCUGUGCCACCCAGGGAUCCCCCCAAUCUCCCUUCUGUAAUUGGAAGCUCUCCGAGAGAAAGGCCCAUGUGUGUGAUUUGCUCCUGGUGCUCAGCAGCAAGCCCAGCCCAUGAUGGGUGCUCCGUGCAUCUCACGGGCUAGAUGGAUGACCGGGGGUGCAGUGCAGGAGGAGGACACAAAAGACUUCACAAAGAGAGGGUGGACAGAGCUGGUGACUAUUCUGGGUCCUGCCCAUCUCCUCAGGAUUCUCACUGGCUUCCAGUUGUGUUGUGGCCCUGGUGGGAGCUGGGAAGGUGACGGGACACGGUUCCCAGGCUUGACGACAGCAGCUCAGAGGCACGGACACCCCUGGCUAGAGCCACACGAUAUUCCGUUUUGCGGCUCCAACCCCCUAGUGCCUGAAUAACCAUGCCUCUGUUGAAAUCUGGAGCUUUCUCCUCUCUAGCCUGCACAGCAGCAACGAACCAGGCAGGCUGUCCACAUUUUCUCUAUCCCACACGAUGUGACAAACAAGGGCAGUGGGUGAGCAGGGGAGUAUUAAACUUGCUCUAAAGCAGCUCGUGGUCCACCAGGAAUAAGAAACGGUGUGUCCCACCAGACCGAUCGCAGGCCUUCCCUGCAGGCACUCCGUGGCUGCUGCGGGUCCCAGUGGAGGAAAAGUCAAGUCCACAGACAAUCACCAAGCCUCCACCAAGGCCAAGGCCCUCCUGGGACACCUCCAGGAUGGCAGCCCACAGCUGCUGUGCCAUCUAGCUAUGGCAGAGAGACCACAUAUCCGGAUGCCAAUUGCCCCAACUGUCACCCUUAAGACAGGCACCACUUGUUUGUGCUCCACUUCAAAACCCAGGAUGUGAACACCUACAACGGGAAGGGGGCAUCCGGCAUGGAUUGCGAGGCAGGGUCUAAGGGAGGUGGCCGCUGGGGCUCCUAGGACUCCUCCCAAUACUGCCUGCCACACAGCAGAUGCUCGGUGACGUUAGAUACCGCUCCCUGUGACAGCAGUGCUCACAGAAGGCGCUGGAGGCCAGGGGAAGGGGUGUGCAGGUGGGCUUCUCUCUCCUAGAGCCCAAACUGGGGAGCCUUGCUUGCCUUGGGGAUGUGUCAUCAAGUCUGCGGAGACCUCUGGGGGCAAGGCCUCCUGCAGCUGACCGUGAGCUGGGCAGAAGCUUCUAGGCCACAGCAGAGGAGCCAGGUAGCUCCCGCCCCCACACCCUUCCUCCAGCUCAGCCUCUAUUGCCGCACACCUGGCUGCCCCCUUGAUACCAUCUCACAGCACGAGGGGCUCAGCCAAAACAGUUGCGAGCACUCCUUGUGUUUCCUUUCCGUCCUUUGUAUCCUUGGAAACCCUGCUCACCUUCCUUCACUCACCCUCCCCACAAGCUUCUUUAGGGUCUUUUGUGGCCAGUCCCACUUACGGUGGGCCUCACCUUGGGGAGGAUCACCCCAUACAGAGUGAGCCCCGUGCAGGACGGGGCUAGUUCCAGCAAGCAGUUCUCAAGGAAGGCAGGCCCUGGGGACACCCCCCUUUGAGGGCACAAUGCAAGGGCAGCUCUAGAACCUUCCAUUCUAGAAUCUGCCCCUGCUUUCCCAGAGCCUGCCUUGCCCCCCACCAGUCCAGGCUGCAUUGGCUUGCAGCCCUGGUCAUUCCCCUGUCUCUGUCCUAGUCUCAGCAAGACUUCAGAAAUUUGGGGUCCUGGGAUCCAGCCCCAAGGGGCACAGGUCGCACUAGACUCCUCCAGCCCUUCUGACCCAAGUCAGGUCUCACCGGUUCUCCUAGCCAAGGCUCUGCAGGGAGCUGGACCACCCUGUCCCCUCCGGGGAGCCCUGGCCUCCAUGAAGGGCAGUGCCAGGCAAAAGCUGGACCAGCUAAACUUCAUGGAGCAGGUGCGCGAGUGCAGGGACAACGGCUACCUGCUGUCUUCCAGGAAGAUCGGCUCUGGGGCUUUCUCCAAAGUCUACCUGGCCUACGCCACACACGAGCGCCUGCGGCAUAACCCCAAGCUGGCCUCCGACCUGCGGGGCAAGCGCCAUGCCAUGGUGGCUAUCAAGAUUAUCUCCACUGCCGAGGCCCCCGUGGAAUUCUCCCAAAAGUUCCUGCCCCGUGAAAUAUCAUCACUCAAUGCCACCUACAAGCACCUGAACGUGGUGCAACUCUAUGAGACCUACCAGAACAGCCGGCGCUCCUACUUGGUGCUGGAGUUGGCAGCCCGCGGUGACCUGCUGGAACACAUCAACUCAGUGUCCGACCACCGCUGCCGCCCGGGGCUGGAAGAGGACGAGGCCCGCGGGCUGUUCUGGCAGCUGGUCAGCGCUGUGGCCCACUGCCACAGCUCUGGCAUCGUGCACCGGGAUCUAAAGUGUGAGAAUAUCCUGCUGGAUGACCGAGGCCUCUUAAAGCUGAGCGACUUUGGCUUCGCCAACCGGUCAGGCCUCAAGAACUCGCUGCUGAGCACCUUCUGUGGCUCCGUGGCCUACACAGCCCCUGAGAUCCUCAUGAGCAAGAAGUACAACGGGGAGCAGGCCGACCUGUGGAGCCUGGGCAUCAUCCUUUAUGCCAUGGUCACUGGGAAGCUGCCCUUCAAGGAGCGCCAGCCCCACCGCAUGCUGCACCUGAUGCGCCAGGGCCCCACCUUCAGGCCAGGCAUGUCCCCAGAAUGCCAGGACCUGAUCCGGGGUCUGCUGCAGCUACGCCCGUGGGCACGCCUGGACCUGCAGCAGGUGGCUGCUCACUGCUGGAUGCUGCCCAUUGCGCACGCACUCUUCUGCACCAUGCUCAGCUCACCACCAGAGAAGCCAGCCAAGUCCCAGCUGCCAGCAGCCCUUGACCACAUGGAGCCUGGCAGAGACUCACAGCCUCCGAGGCUGCUCCAGCGACUCCAGCGUCCCCAGCACAGGGGACCUCACCACGAGAGUGCUUCUGGCCCAAUGCCCGAGCGCCCAGACGCAGUCCCAACAAGAGGUGCAGGGUCUGCCCAGCUGGGGCUCCAGAGCACGGUGGCAGCCAGUGUGGGGGUGGGUGCCUCCUGGUAGCACUUUUGCCGAGCUCCACGUGUGCCAUCAGGACCACGCCUGGGUAUUACCUGGUUAACUGAGGAUGGAUGGGCACGGGCGAGGCCAGAUAAAGCAUUUAUUUUAUGGAA